AGUAAAUCCGUGUUGAAAUGAAGCCUCUUUUUUUAAAAAAAGGGUUAGGAUUAAUCAUCGAUUUAAUUUCAUUUAAAUUACAAGACAAUGGACCAUAUAAGUUAAGCAUCUAAAUAUAAUUAACAGCGUAUAAAGAGCAUGUAGAUGUUCUUAUAUUUAAAGACAGGCUGUAAAAGGGAGUCUUCUUCUCCCUUUUUUCUCUCUCUCUUGUUCUUUUUCUUAACUUUACUUACAUAUUAUUUGACAUCAAAAUAUCAGGGGCAAGCUUUUAGAAAGGAAUUACUACCAGUUUAAACAACAAAAGAAACAAAAAAAAAAAAGGAGCUUGUCAAAGUGAAGGCAAAACAGAGAGAGAGAGGGUGAGUGAGUGAAAAAUAAUAACUUGAUGUGCAACAAUAAAACUCGUGCAUACUUGACUUUUCGUUAUUUUUUUACUUUCUUUCCUUUUUUCUACUCUGUAUAUUCCAAAUCUCAAAACAUAAACCAAAUGACUUUUUCACCUUUACAGCAACGAGACUCGGUUAUUAUACCACCUGAUAAUGAGCCGCCACGGUUCAGUGUCAACUCUAACCUUAUGAACUAUUCGAUACCCAAGCAUGAUUCUAGUACAUUACCACUUAAAAAGCCAUUACUUCAUAAUAAACCUCCAAAUAACGAUAAACGAGAAAUACAAAGAGGUGAUUCAGAUACACGCACACGACAAUUAGAAGCACAGAUAGAACAAUUAACACUUCAAAAUGUAAAGCUACAAAGAACCAAUCGACUAUUAAAAGUGGAUACAGAUAACUUAAUUGAACAAAGAACAAGUCCACUGGAAAAGACAAUACAAGAACUUACAAUAGCUAAUGUAAAACUACAGCGAGCUUCUCGGUUAUUACAACAAGAAUUAGACGAAAAAACCCAACAGCUCAAUAUGCUAAAGCAAAAUCAAAUCCUUCAAAUGAAAAGUGUGGGCCCCGAGUAUGAGUUUUUAGUACAGAACAUAAAUCUACUUCAGAGACAGAUUGCAGGGCAUCCAACUUGUGACGAGACAUGUUGCUUUACAAUGAAACCUAUUGAUCAAUCCACUAUGGUAAUGACAUUGCCUUCAAAUGAAGGAGACGAUGACGAUGAAGAAGUUGAAGCACAGCAUAUUUGUCGACCUGUCAUUCACUCGAAGAUUUCACAAGGUUCUUAUGCCAUUGAGCUUGAAAACAAGAUAUGUCGAUUAGAACAACUACUAGAGGAACUUGAUCAAGAAAAAGAGCAGAUUAUAAGACAACAUGGCUUAAAGGAUAAUGAUGUCGAAACACUCAAGAAGGAACUUCGAAUCAAGGACGAAAUUGUAUCACAGCUAGAGCAAGAUUUCAUGGGUUUAGAAGACCAGAUAGAACACCUUCAAAAGGAACUGCAAGAUCAAGCCAUGUAUCCUAACAGCGGUAACCCUCUUAUCAACCGAAUCUUGACACCACCACCUAUGCAUAACGACCCCAAAAGACAAUCUCAUUUGUUAAUGGAAUCAAAGCGUCGAUCUUUAGCACUCAAAGAUACAGAUUUAAUGGAACAAAUACUUCGAGGUGACUUGGAAAGUUUUGACCAGCAACAAAGACACCAUUUAUAUCAGCCUUCUGAAGGGGAGGAAGAGGAAGAGUCAGAAGAAGAUGAUGUAAACAACAGUAAAGCAACUUUAUUAGAAAGAUCAGUAAGAUCUUCAAGCCCUACAGUAAUGAUCAUAGAGGAAGAAAGAGUGACAAAGAAUAAAGGUAUUGACAAUAAUAAUACGACUUCAUGUUGCUUAACGUGUGACGGAUUUUCGUGUACCUUUCCCUGCAAACACUCACUACAUCACACCGACAGUAAAGCGGAUGACCCAUUUGCGCUAUUUACGUGUGUUGCCAUAGUUCUAGGAAUUGCUUCUCAACUAGGCGUCACUGAUGACUGGACUGUACCUAUUACAUUGGCUACUUUGGUUUCAAGCUUCUUAUGGUCUGGAAACAAGCGCAUACAUAAAUAAA